AUGUUAUGGUGGAAACAAUUGGAACGCGUCCAAGAAAACGUUAUGAUGAUUGAGAGAGAGGAACAAAGGAGAGAGUUUGCUGAAAAAACAACACUUACUCUAAACUUGCCCAGCAGGGAUCCGGUUUUGAGGGACAAUAUUUUAUUAGCGAAUUUAGAUCAAGUAAAAACAUUGCAAGCUUCAUUAUUUCCUAUUUGUAAUAAAGGUACAUUUAUUUCCAACUUCCUUCAGAACAAUAUAAAAACAAAUCAACUUGAGAUAAACACAGAUAUUAAAACGUUUAAAACCACUGCCAAAUUAAAGGAACCAAGAGAUCUUUUUGCUCUGCCUAAAGAAUUAGAUUGUCCACAGCAAGCUCCACGGUGGCCAUCAGAAUGCCAAGUAGUCGAAGAAAGAAUACAACAUAUUUGUUGGAGUCCGGCGUCACCUGAACCUUAUUAUGUGCCUACCGGAAAAGAAUUAAAACCACAACCAGUUGGUGAAGAAGCUGGGACAGUAAUUUUUCAAUAUUAUCCAAUGAGUGCUGUUAACUAUUUUAGUCGUUCAUCUGUCGGUGGAUCUCGGCUAUUUUUAUCAGCGUGCACAAGUGCUGGUGGAGACGAUGAACUACGAUUUGAAUCCCGCUUUGAAAGUGGUAAUCUGGCAAAAGCAAUAAAGAUAACAUCUGCAUAUUAUGAACUUCAUCUUCGUACCGACCUAUAUACAAAUAGACAUGUGCAGUGGUUCUAUUUUAAAGUCUCCAAUACAAGGAAACAAAUGAUGUAUAGGUUUUCUAUAGUUAAUUUGUCUAAACCAGAAAGUUUAUAUAAUGAAGGCAUGCGACCUUUACUGUAUUCAACCAAGGACGCUCAGUUGCAUUCGAUCGGUUGGAGACGAUGCGGCGACAAUAUUGCAUACUACAAGAAUGAUCCAACGUGCGAAGAGGAGGAACAAUUUCCAAGCUAUACGCUCACAUUCAACAUUGAAUUUCCACAUUCGGAUGACGCUGUUUAUGUUGCUCACUGUUACCCGUAUACGUAUUCCGAUUUACAAGAAUAUCUUUCAAGAUUACAAGCACAUCCAGUCAAAUCUACUUAUUCAAAAUUAAGGCUUCUUUGCAGAACCUUAGCAGGCAAUAAUGUAUACUAUCUUACCGUGACUGCACCGCAAAACCAAAAUGAAAUGGAACAAAAGAAAAAGAAGGCUGUCAUUAUAACUGCUAGAGUCCAUCCUGGCGAAACACCAGCAUCUUGGAUGAUGAAAGGAUUCAUGGACUAUUUAACAGGAGAUUCUAAUCAAGCUCGCGAAUUAAGAGAAAAAUUCAUAUUUAAACUUGUUCCUAUGCUUAAUCCAGAUGGGGUAAUUGUUGGUAACAAUCGCUGUUCAUUAACUGGAAAGGAUUUAAAUAGGCAAUAUCGCACCGUUAUAAGAGAAACGUAUCCGCCUGUUUGGCACACAAAAGUCAUGAUUCGCAGAUUGCAGGAGGAAUGUGGAAUAGCAAUGUAUGUAGACCUUCAUGCUCAUUCCCGUAAACAUAACAUCUUCAUCUAUGGUUGCGAAAGUAGAAGAAAUUCAGAUAAGCGUUUACAAGAACAGGUUUUUCCUCUAAUGUUACAUAAAAACGCAGCCGACAAAUUUUCCUUUGAACAUUGCAAAUUUAGAAUUCAGCGUAGUAAAGAAGGUACCGCACGUGUCGUAGUUUGGAUGCUUGGAAUAGCUAAUAGUUAUACAAUGGAAGCAUCUUUUGGAGGAUCAGAACUUGGUAGCAGAAUGUCUACUCACUUUUCGGUUCAAGACUAUGAAAGUCUAGGAAAAACAUUUUGCGAAACUCUCCUUGAUUUUUAUGAUGACGACCCCAGUAAAGAGAGAUUAAGGAAUAAAAUAGUCACACGCCUUUUAAAGGAAGGAUCGAAUGCAGACGAGCCAACUAAUAUUGAUCUGUCAGACUAUUCAAGUGAUGAGGGUGAUACUUCCAGUAGUAGUUCGGAGGGUGUGGUUAUAAGACCAAAAAUUGGCGUUACCCAAUCUGCACCACCACCGUCACCACUUUUUCCGGAUAUAAAUAGAUCAAAUGAGAGGCCAAGGCGGCAGCAAAUUCAACAGGAAAAACCUAAUAAACAUCAAAAGAAGAAAACAAAACGUGAAGCUCUAAAAGUCCCAAGAGCAACAAUAGAUUUAACAUCCGAUGCAAUGACUGACCUGUCCUCUGAUUGCGAUUCAAUUGAAGAAAAUUUAAGCCCUGUGAGAAGAGUGCACAAACUUUUGCAAACGUCUAAUAAAAAUAAACCCCGUCGAAAAAAGAAAAUGCCUCCAGAGCUUAAAAUUCUUCCUGCCCCGACAAGUGAUUCUCCUUUUAAUUCGGACCGUGAGAAAAAACCCAAAUGUAGAAGACCAAGAAGUGUAUCUAUGUUCGACGACACGAUUCAAAAACCCAAACUAAACCCCGCGUCGUGGCAUCAAUUUAGGCGUUUACCACCGCCAAGACGCCUAGCAGAAAUCAAAAGCAGAAACACACAACCAUCUGAAUUGCAAGUAAAAUUGAACGCAUUAAAGAAAAAUUUUUGGACUGGAUUACAGGAAGAUGAGAAAGGUCCUUUAUCGUGGGGUAUUUCAAGUUUUGCAAUGAAUUCUUACUUCACAGACAGUGAAGCAUUGCUCAGGUAAUGAAGUAUUUGCAGAUCAUGUUCAAAGAAAUUAGAAGAGUUAGAAGAUGAAAAAAAGAAAAAGAAAGACACAAAGAAGACGAAAAAGUACAAAUCAAAAAAGGUUUCAUUGAAAGUACCAUCUCUUGAAGAUGCAUUAGAACCAAUUAACAAAACCAGUAAAACAUAUAAAAAGAAGGGAAAGUUAAAACACAGUAAAACAGAGAUUGCUCAGUUAAACAAUACAAGCUUCACUGAAAUACCAAGAAAUAACCAAUCUCUUCAACGACCAAGUCUUCUUGAAAAUAAACAAGCUAAAUCAACAUUUAGAAAAGGAGCUUAUGUAGCAACUGCGAUUCAAACAAAAAAAUUAAAACAGAAAGAAGCAAAAAUUAUAUCGGACAACUCUGAUUCUGAAAAUUCUAUACAAUCUAGAAGAAAGGUGAAGAAAAAAGGGAAGAGCUUUAAAAACAAAACAAAAGAUGCAACCAGAAAAUAG